GCCAAUUUCAGUUACCUGGUUCGUCUUCAUUUUGGUGAGCUUCAAUUUACAGCAGCUAACUGGAGGACGUUUGACAUUUAUAUUUGCAAUAUAACUGUUUGACAUUUAUAUGUCCCUGCAGAUGAAUUUGCUAUCACAGACCUGUGGGUGCCACUGCUUCCCAACAGCGCAACAGUAAUGCUAUUCUGAAUGGAAUGUAAUUCCUUAAGCUCGAUGAUAGCUCCAGAAAUCUUGCAGUACUAAACCCUGUGGUAACUGAGCAAGUUGAAGAAAACUCAGCAAAUGGGCCUACAGCAGUAGCACUAAUAGUAUCAAGCAUAAGGGCUAUAUGAUAAGAAUUGUGUCAGGAAUCAUUGCUGCUGGUGUAGUUACUUUGCCAUGUUUGAUGAUUUUAUGCUAUGCUCUGAAAAGGAAAUAUAAGAAUGGCAAGGGCUCCCAUGACAAGCCCUUUACUGCUGUUGCCUGUCAUGGAGGAGGGACUACUACUACCAGUACUAGUACUUCAGCCAAGAACUCUGAAUCCAGUGCAUUCAAAGGAUCCGCCAGCUAUGGAUCAACCUCUUCAGCUAGCAUAUUUUGCAGGCACUUCAGCUUUUCAGAGAUUCAAGAUGCAACCAACAACUUUGAUGACUCACUUCUUAUUGGGGUUGGAGGGUUUGGAAAGGUUUACAGAGGAGAAAUCAAAGGUGGCAACAUAGUUGCAGUCAAGAGAGCAAAUCCACAAUCCAUCCAAGGUUCUAGUGAGUUCAGGAAUGAGAUAGACCUGUUGUGCAGGCUUAGGCACAAGAACUUGGUUCUCCUGAUAGGCUACUGUGAUGAGAACUCAGAAAUGUGUCUUGUUUAUGAAUAUGUUCCCAACGGAACAUUGCAGAAGCAUAUCCAUGGCAAGGACCAUGGAAGCCUUAUUUUGUCAUGGAAGCAAAGGAUGAAGAUUUGCAUUGGUGCUGCAAAUGGACUUGACUAUCUUCACUCAGGGGCAUUCGAGACAGUCAUACACAGAGAUGUGAAGAGUACCAAUAUUCUUCUGGAUGAAAACUUGGGUGCCAAGGUUUCUGAUUUUGGGCUUGCCAAAAUAAUGGGCGCAUUUGAUCAGAGUCAUGUAACAACUCUGGUGAAAGGGAGCUUUGGAUAUUUGGAUCCUCAGUAUUUCUACAGCCUGGCUCUUACAAAGAAAUCUGAUGUCUACUCCUUUGGGGUGGUGUUGUUUGAGGUUUUGUGUGCUAAACCUGUUGUUAUGUCUACCCAGUCAGGGGAGAAGAUAAAUCUAUCUGAUUAUGCUCUGGAGUACCUUAGGGAUGGUCCUCUGGAGGACAUGAUAGACCCCAAUUUAAUAGGUGACAUAACCUCAGAUUCCCUUCAGAUAUUUGCAGAUGUAGGAAAUAAGUGUUUGGCAGAAAAAGGUGAUGACAGGCCUUCCAUGGCAGAUGUGGUGUGGUACUUGGAGUUUGCCUUGCAAUUGCAUGAAAUUGCAACAGCUCAAGGGGAAACAGUUCAUGGUGUUAGUUCUGGUGGAAGUUUGAAUUGAUAUGCCACUUU